AGCUCCACACGGAAACAAACGCCCAAGAAAAAGAACAAAAGAGAGGAUGAGCUGCUGAAAGCCAAAGCACAUUCCAGCACGAGCGCACGAGAGGGGGGAGCGGAGCGGCAAGAAAACCCAAACCAAAAGCCCCCAGAACUCCGGAUCCGCCUCCCGCAUUGCUUCGAAGCCGCCAGAUUCGGCCGAAUCCGGCGCCUGCCCCGCCGGAGGGCCCCGGAUCGACCGGCAUUCCGGCCCCGUGCACGCUCCAGCCCUGGUGGUGAGGCAUGGGGACCUUCGGUGGCCAGUUCGAGGACUUCCAUGCGGACGACCGGCGUGCGGAGGUGAUAGAUUGGCUGGGCGGGCUGCUGCCGGAGUUCGAUUUACCGCUGGAUUCUUCAGACGAGGAGCUGCGGGAGUACCUUAUCGACGGAACGGCGCUGUGCUACACUGCGGACAAGCUCAUGCCUGGUGUUCUUGAGGGUGUCUGGGGUGGCUAUGCAUCAGACCAUCGGUCAAAUGUGAAGAAGUUCCUCUCUGUUGUUGCGGAGAUGGGGCUGCCAGGAUUCAGCGUCAAGGAUCUUGAGGAGGGAUCAAUGUCGUCUAUAGUAGAGUGUCUCUUGGCUCUAAGGGAUAAUGUAUCAACAGGAUUGGGUGAAAAUAUGUCUAACUAUGCUGCUAAGACUCCAUCAAGGCCUGUGGCUCCAGUUUCCACACAAGGAAGGAGAUCUCCUGGAGAGGACAGAAGAAGGGUUCUUUGGGACGCCAAAUCCCCACAAAGAAGUCCACUUCUUUCAGGACAGAAGACUAAUGAGGUUUUCCAAUUUAAGCGUGGACAGUACACAGAUAUUCCUGCUGCUAAGAUUUCAGAGAUGAUCCAGUCAAACAGUUUAGAUAAUGCUCCUACUCAAUCACUACUUAGAGUUGUAAAUGGAAUUCUGGAUGAGAGUAUUGAGAGAAAAAGAGGAGAAAUACCACAUCGAGUUGUUUAUUUACUAAGGAACGUUGUUCAAGAGAUUGAGCACCGCAUUUCUAUUCAAGCAGAACACAUUAGAAAUCAAAAUAAUAUCAUCAAAACGCGCGAGGAUAAGUACCGUUCAAAAAUUAAAGCACUCGAGACAUUAGUAAAUGGAACGAAUGAAGAAAAUGAGAUGGCAAUAAACCGUCUUGAGCUAGUUAAGGUAGAGAAGUCAAAAAUUGACGAGAGAAGAAAACUAGGCGAACAAGACAUGGUUCGCCUGAUACGUGAAAAAGAAGAUGCAGAGAAUACAGUCAAUAACCUUCGGCAGGAAAUUCAAGUCAUGAGUAAGAUGUUCGAAGAAUACAGAGAACAGAUGGAAGCAAAAACAAACCAAAUGGAGGAACACUUGACUCUAAGAGCUAAGGAGGCGGAGUUUCUUCUUAUGCAAUCGAAAAAGAGAAUUGAAGAAGUUGAAACUGCUUCUGAACUGCAAUCGCAACUUUGGAGUAAGAAGGCAAAUACUUUUCGAAGUUUUAUGGAUAAUCAAAAACUGUCUAUUAAGGAUAUAAGGAUAUCAUCUCAGUCAAUUAAGCAGGAAAUGUUUGCCCUUCAAAUGAAAUGGAGGGAUGAAAUAUCUAACAUCGGACUUGACCUAAAAGGUUUGGUAGAUGCUGCUGAAAAUUACCAUGGAGUUCUUGCUGAAAAUCAGAAAUUAUUUAAUGAAGUGCAAGAACUAAAAGGUAAUAUAAGAGUAUAUUGUCGUGUCAGACCAUUUCUUCCCGGUCAAGACGGAAAAUCAACCGCAGUUGAUUAUAUUGGUGAGAAUGGUGAAAUUCUCAUUUCAAAUCCCUCCAAGCAAGGAAAGGAUGGUUAUCGGAUGUUCAAGUUUAACAAGGUCUUUAAUACACAUGUUUCUCAAGCUGAAGUUUUCUCCGAUAUCCAGCCUUUGAUUAGAUCUGUUCUUGAUGGAUUCAAUGUGUGCAUUUUUGCAUACGGCCAAACUGGAUCUGGCAAGACAUACACAAUGAGCGGCCCCGGCACAUCGAAAGAAGAUUGGGGUGUUAACUAUCGAGCUUUAAAUGACUUGUUUGAUAUCUCGCUAAAAAGGAGAAACACUUUCUCAUAUGAGGUGGAAGUGCAAAUGGUUGAGAUAUACAAUGAACAAGUCCGGGAUCUUCUAUCAAAUGAUAUUGCACAAAAGAGACUCGGGAUUUGGAGUACUUCUCAACCUAAUGGACUUGUCGUACCUGAUGCAAGUUUAAUCCCUGUCAAAUCAACAUCAGAUGUAUUAGACUUAAUGGAAAUUGGACAAGCAAAUAGAGCAGUUGGAUCAACAGCUCUGAAUGAAAGGAGUAGUAGGUCCCACAGCAUUUUAACCGUGCAUGUGAGAGGGCUGGACGUGAAGAAUGGAUCUACUUCUCGAGGAUGUCUACAUCUGAUUGAUCUUGCUGGGAGUGAGAGAGUUGAGCGAUCUGAAGCAACCGGAGAUAGAUUAAAGGAAGCACAACAUAUUAAUAAAUCUCUUUCUGCUCUUGGAGAUGUCAUCUUUGCUUUGGCCCAGAAGAAUGCUCAUGUGCCCUACAGAAACAGCAAAUUGACUCAAGUUCUUCAGAGCUCUUUAGGUGGGCAAGCAAAGACGCUAAUGUUUGUUCAAGUAAACCCCGAUGUGGAAUCAUGUUCAGAAACCAUAAGUACUUUGAAAUUUGCUGAAAGAGUUUCUGGGGUCGAGUUAGGUGCUGCAAGGAGCAACAAAGAGGGCAAGGAUAUAAAAGAUCUGCUAGAACAGGUUGCGUCUUUGAAAGACACAAUAUCACGUAAGGAUAUGGAAAUUGAACAGCUCCAAGUCCUUAAAUGCAAUGUCAAAUCUCCCAGCUCAUUAACGGAUAAAAGCGGCAGUAGCUUGGUAAAACAGUCCUCUACGGCAAGCCAACAGAACCAACUAAUAUCAGGGUCCAUUGGAUCAGGUGAACCCGAAUACGAAGAUAAUGCAUCCGACGAUGGUUGCUCGGUAGGCGAAACUGAGUAUUCUAUCGGCAGCGCUUCAGAACCAGCAGCAGAUCGAACGCAGAAGGGUCCAUCAAGACUGACCAGGUUUUUCCUGACGAAGAACGGGCAGCCAGCUGCUUCCAGGCCGAAACCGAAGGAACCUGUUCCAAAGACGACGCCCAUAGGUCGCCGGAGCUCGAUAGCCAGCCAGGCCCCGACCGGAGCAUCUUCGAUCAAGCCCCCGAAGAAGCGGGUGGUCCCGUAAAGGACGACGAGGGGCUGCUGCGUUGGUGUCUUGCAUCUGUAACGAGGCUUGGAUAGUUUUUGUCUUGUAAACCUGUAACGAGACACGACACAAGACGCGGGUUAGGAUGUAUGUACCGUAUGUGUCGAUUUCAACUGGGCAGGCAGCCAUGUACCUGUAACACGACCCCGGAUGAUUUGGAUCAAUGAUGGUGAGCAAGGUACGCUUGCUGGCCGCUGUGACCAGAUAUGAUGAGUGUCUGGGUUUA